AUGAUUUUCAUCGUUACCAUAUUGAUGUUCCUAUCAUUGCAAAGAACCCACAUUUUGACUGUGCAUGCAGUGUUGAAUGCAGCAGAAACCUUCCAUGUCCACGACCCUUCAAAGAUCUAUUUCACCGAGGAGAAUCAUCAAGAAAAUGAAAACCAGAUUAAGAAAAUGUCAGGAAUAGAAGAGAGUGAAAACAAGCAAACUUUCAUGGUGGAAAAGUUUAGAACUUUGCUUGGACUCAACAGAUUCCACUCAAGAGGACCAAGUUAUGACAACUCCGACUUUGUUUCCCCAUCACAUUCUCCUCCACCCAACCCAGAACCUAAGGCUCUAGCUCCAGCCCUGCAUGUUCUCCUUCAUUCCCACCCUCCAAGAUAUGACUCUCACAAGAAACAGCGACUUAACAAGGUUCAACAUGGAGAUAGAGCUAGAGUUAAAAGAACACUAGUGGCUGUUUUAGUAUCUGGUGGAGUUGCCACGUUAAUUUGUGCACUUGGGUGUUUCUGGGUCUGCGGAAAAUUCAGAAAUCAGAAAAAGAAACCCAAGAGGACAAUUCCACUCUUUAGCAAGAAAGGAAGAACUAGAGGUACUUACCAAAAUUCAUCAAGAAAUGUGAGUUUGAGCUAUGAAAAUAUUUUUAGUUUGAAACAAACUUGUGAGAGAUCACAAAGUAGCAUUUCAAGUCAUAGCUCCCCAACAUGUACAAUUUAUGAGAAGGAGAUAGAGUCAUGCCAAGAACAAGAAGUAAUUAAUCCAGAAUAUGAAAAUGCUAGUAGUUCUUCCACAAAGGAAAUUCUCUCUGUUCACGAGGAUUUGGAGUCCGUGAAAUACGAAUAUAAUGGAUGCAACUCUUGCUUUGGAGAUUCAGAUAACGAAAGUUUUCAUUCAUGUGUUGAUUCACAUUCACCAAUUCUCGUAUUUUCUAAUGCUUCAUCUGGUAGUCUAAAUGAAAUAUUGUCCCUCUCCCCAAGAAAUUCAAUUUUGUCAUCGACUUCAAAGGUAAAAUCUAGCCAAUCACCAUUCAGUCCCAAACAGGAAGGGCCAAGAAAGAUUGAAACUUAUUUUCAGUGUCCACAAUCCUCUACUUACCCUCCACCAUCUCCACCACCUCCACCUUUACCACUACCUCAACAACUGGGUAAGGAUGGAAACACCCUCCCAAAACUCAAACCCCUUCACUGGGACAAAGUAAGAGCUAACCCAGAUCGAAUCAUGGUUUGGGAUAAGCUACAAACAAGCUCAUUUGAGUUGGAUGAGGAAAUGAUGGAGGCACUUUUUGGUUACAAUCUACAAAAUUCAAUGAAAAACGAUGAAACAAAGAGCAAAAGCCCAUCACCAAUGAAGCACGUACUUGAGCCAAAACGGCUACAGAACAUAACAAUACUCUCCAAAGCUCUGAGUAUGACAGCUGAGCAAGUUUGCGAAGCCCUAAUACAAGGGAAGGGUUUGUCUUUGCAACAACUAGAGGCACUGCUGAAAAUGGUACCCACGAAGGAAGAAGAGGCUAAGCUCUUAACUUAUAAAGACGUCAAUGAACUGGGGUCAGCCGAAAAAUUUGUGAGAGCAAUGCUAAGCAUACCAUUUUCCUUUCAACGAGUGGAAGCCAUGCUUUACGAAGAGACUUUCGAAGAUGAAAUUGUUCACCUCAAUAACUCUUUUUCAGCGAUAGAGGAAGCGUGCAAGGAACUAAGGUCAAGCAAGCUCUUCUUGACAUUACUGGAAGCAGUGCUCAAAACGGGAAACCGUAUGAACGUUGGUACAAUAAGGGGAGGUGCCAGAGCAUUCAAGCUCGAUGCCCUUCUCAAGCUUUCUGAUGUUAAAGGAACCGAUGGUAAAACCACAUUGCUCCAUUUCUUUGUUCAGGAGAUUGUUCGGUCAGAAGGAAUUAGAGCUUCAUCAGAUCAUAGCAUUAAAGGGAAGAAAAGUGAAAACAGAACAAAAGAAGAAGAAUAUAAAAGAAUAGGACUUGAACUUGUUUCUGGUCUAAGCACUGAAUUAAGUAACGUUAAGAAAACAGCUACCAUUGACUUAGAUGUUCUUUCAAGAUCUGUCUCAAACCUAUCCGAUGGAAUGGCUAACAUGCAAAAGCUGGUGAAGGGGCAGUUGCAUGAGGAUAAAAAAUGUGAGAGCUUUGUAAAUUCUAUGAAGUGUUUUCUGAAUUAUGCAGUAAAAAAGGUGCACGAAUUGCAAGGAGAGAAAGAUAGAGUCCUGACACGCGUGAAGGAAAUAAAUGAGUAUUUUCAUGGGGAUGUGAGUAACGAAGACCCAAAUCCACUUGGAAUCUUCAUGAUCGUGAAGGACUUUCUAGACAUGCUAGAUAAUGUGUGUAAUGAGCUUAGAAGCUCCACAUUGUUUCAAACGCAGCGAGGUAUAGGAAUCGAAUCAAUCGAUUUCAAUGGCGAAGAGCAAAAUAACGGCGGCUUUGCUUCUGUUUGGGUUCGUGCUACUAGUGGAGAUACCCACUUGGGAGGAGAGGACUUUGACCACAGCCUCAUGGACUAUUUCAUCCAAUUGAUAGAGAAACAACUGAUACGAGAUGCCUUUGAUGGGAAAGAACUGAGCAGGGGUAUCAACCCUGAUGAGGCUGUUGCAAUUGGUGCUGCUAUUCAAGGUGGAAUACUCAGCAGUGAAAGAGGGGAAGAAACCAAAAGUACUAACCCAAUCUAA